AUGAAUGUACGCACUCUUUUUUCAAAAGCCGGUGCAAAGAGCAGAGUCGAGCAAGAUGAUGAUUUGGAGGAUGCUUUUUCCGAACUCGAAGCUCCACUUGGUGCAGUCCGAAAAGCUGCUUCUGCAGAUGACGUAGAUGAUUCAAUGUCUGAAUCAGAUCUGUACGAGGGUAAGAGUGUCACUACUGAGGGUGAUGCUGAAAAGAAAAGUUUUCCCAAAACUAAUCCUCAUUCAGCAUUCACAAAGGCUGUACUGGGUGCUCCGAUUGUAUCGGUGGUCAAGGUUUUGGAUCAAUGGGUCAAAGAAGGAAACGAGCUGACUAAACCAGAAGUGUCUUCAACCAUGGUUAAUCUUCGGAAGCGGCGAAUGUUCGUCAAGGCCUUGAAGACAAAGCUCCUUGUCUACCGUACCCUACUGGCAAACUGCGUCUCUACAGGCAAUGUGAAGAAAUCCGAAGAUCUCUUCAACAAAAUGAAGAGCUUAUUCCCUGUUACAUGCUUUUCCUGCAAUCAGUUGUUACUUCUGUACAAGAGAACCGACAACAAGAAAAUUUCUGACGUUUUGUCGUUGAUGGAGAAAGAAAAUAUCAAGCCAUCAUACUUCACUUACCACGUUUUGAUAAGUGCCAAAGGGUUGUCCAAUGAUAUUAGUGGGAUGGAAAAAAUCGUCGAGAAAAUGAAGACUGAAGGGGUGGAACCUAAUACUAUAAGUUUAUUAAAUACUAAUGCGUGA